AUGGCUGGCGACUUGGAUGAUGCCCAGAAUUUCGAACUCAUCCGGGCAGUUAUUGCAUCUUUUUCCUCGCUAAGGACAACUGGACCAGAAGAUGUUCUCAACGCCACCGUCAACUUAGAGAACGCCGGUGUACUUCAUUGCACACUCCUGAUAAAGCCCACAGAUUUACAGGAUAACUCUCAACACCAGUCGAAAUACGAAGCGCCUCUUUUGGAAGGCAAUGGAAGCUAUUCGGCCGUCCAACUCAUCGCAGAAUUUCUUAAUCUCUUUGUGACAUAUCUCUGGAUGAAAGAGUCUACUGUCACCAACGAUGAUUUACGUGAGGAUCUAUCACCACCAAACAGUAUUACGACUGCGAUGUGUUAG